UCUCUAUGCAAGUGCUUUGGGUGGUGUGUGUAGUAUGGGUGGGACUAGGGCUCAUGGGUGGUGUGGCGGGCAUCCUUACAGGCUUUGGUACACCUGAGAACAUCACCAUUGCUGGCUUGUUCCCCCUCACUGGCGGCCUCGCCGCUGGUGGUGUCGAGCGGGAGGCCGCCUUCCGCAUGGGCAUCCAGCACAUCAACGCAGACCGAAAUCUCCUUCCGGACACGAAGAUUAUCGGGGUGUCGUUUGAUACACAGACGACGCCAUCAGGAGGCAUGGUGUCGGCACUCGAGGCGACCAAAGACCCAAGCCUGGUGGCCAUUGUCGGGGCAGCGUCAUCCUCGGUCUCGCGGGCUGUACAGCAAGUGGCCUCGAUCUUCGAGAUUCCGCAGAUCUCGUACUCGUCGACAGCGUCGCCACUCUCGAACAAGAUCCUCUAUCCGUACUUUUUCCGUGUCGUGGCGCCUGACUCGCUCCAGGGCUCAGCGCUGGCGUCGAUUGUGCACUCGAUCGGGUGGAGAAAAGCGGCGACGAUGUACUCGAAUGACGACUACGGGCUGUCGGGCGUGACCGCGUUUGCGCAACGGGCGUCAGACGUGGGAGUCUCGAUCGAGGCCAACAUUCCGUUUGCGCCGGGCGCCAUCGAGUACGGCGUGGCGCUGGACCAGCUGGUUAAGCACCACGGCGUCCAUGUGGUUUUUCUCAACUGUCUGGUGAGCGACGCAGUGGAGUUGUUCAAGGAGGCCGACCGACGCGGGCUGCUCGAUGGGCAGUACGUGUGGGUGGGGACCGACGGAUGGCUGCAGGACGAGCUGCUCAACGUAGGCCUCCCGUCGUCGAAGCUCAUCGGCGUGCUCGGUCUCCGACCGGCGCUGCCAUCGGGAGUGCGGCUCGAAGCGUUUCUCGACUCAUGGGAGCAGCUGAACGCGACCGAGUUUGCCGGUGCGGGCGACCGAACCGUCAACGUUUUCGCGCCGUACGCAUACGACGCGCUGUACCAGGUGGCGCGGACAAUUGAUGCCAUGAUCCGCGGAAAGGCGAAUGCCCUUGAUGGCUCUGAGCUCCGGGCGUGGCUCUCCAACUCGAGCUAUGAGGGCACGACGGGCCUGAUCUCGUUUGACGAGAACUUUGACUGCAUCGCCGCGUACUCGCUCGUCAACUACCGCGGCGGCGCCGGGUUUGAGAUUGUGGGCCGGUGGCUCGCGGAGCAGCGGCUCGAGCUCGACCGCCCGAUACUCUACUACGGCAACACAACGAGCCCGCCAUACCUGCCGAGCCCGAUGGCGAGCCCGAGCACGUCGUCAAUUUCUGCGGGCCUUAUUGGCGUCAUUGCCGGCAUGAGCGCAUGCGUGUGCCUUGGCUUUGGCAUCCUUGUGGUCCACAAUCUGCGGCGGCGCAAGCACGUGGCGGCGCUCCAGCGUGAGAAUCAGCAGCUGGACCGCGAGGCGCGGGCGCUUAACUCGCGGCUCAACGAGCUCGCCAAGGAGACACACGCAUCGGGCUCUUCCACCCCGCCGACAAUGGACCUGCCCAUCAACCAGGUCAUGUCGCUGCUGACCUCGAUUCGGGCCUCGACGCAGGAUUCAGACAUGAUGGCCAAGCUCGACAAAGCUAUCGAAUCAAUCCAGUCAAACAUGCUGUUCCAGCCGUCGACAGCGAUGUUUCCGGACGGGGAGGGCAACGACGACGUCAAGAACUUUGUGCAGGGCACCAUCCUGACUAACGUGCCGACGCCAUCAAACUCGUUGCAGCGGUCGGGCGCGGGCCUCCAGACGUACGGCAACGGGUCGGCGGCGAGCCUCACCCCCACGCCCAAUUUGGCGGUGACGGUGGCCAUGCCGAUUCCUGCGGAACUUGGCGACGUGCUGGGCAAGCUUCGGACACUGGCGUUUGACGCCGAGGCGCUAGUCGCCAAGGAUACGACACCGCUGCAGACGGUGUUCAUGGCUGUGUGCACCCAGAACGCACUGCUCUCACAGCUCCGGCUGGAUCCGGUCAUUGUGCGCGACGUCAUGCUCGCGCUCGACCGGUACACGCCGCGGCUCAACGCGUAUCACAAUGCACAGCGGGCAGCCAACAUGGUCCAGUUUGUGCACUACGUGCUCUCUGUCACAGACCUGUACUCGCUCCUCUCACCUCGCGACACGUUUGCGGUCCUCUUCGCCGCCGCCAUCAAGAACGUCGACCACCCUGGCUUCAAUGCCUCGUUCCUGGUCCGGACGCGGCACAAGCUCGCGCUGCUGUACUCGAACCAGGCGGUGCUGGAAAUGCAUCACCUGGCGGUCUCAAUGCAGCUAGUCUUUGAGCGGUUCAAGCUCUUUGACCAGCUGCUCGAGGAGGACAUUACCGCCCUCCACCACACCAUUGUCGACCUUGUCCUCGCAUCCGACAUGCAGAAACACGUCGAGGUGACCUCACGGUUCUCGCUCCUCAUCGACCCGACCGAGCCGUCGAAGCGGACAGCAUGGAAGGCUGCGGUGGCAACCGACAAUGGCUUUCGCAACUUGGUCCUCAAGAUGGUGCUUAAGCUGGCGGACUUGUCCGACGCGGCGCGGCCGACCAAGAUUGCUCGCGGCCUGGCGCUGCGGUCGAUGAUCGAGUCGUCGCUGCAGGGCGUGCAGGAGGCGGCGGCAGGCAUCGAGGUGUCCCCGUUUAUGGACGGUGCCAUGUCGUCGGUGGCAAAGUCACAGGAAGGAAUCAUCCGCUUUGUCACCCUCCCCAUGUUCUCGGCCUUUGCCGAAGUCUUUACCCUCACCGAAGUGCUGCAGAACCUCUCGGACAACAUGCUCUUCUGGCAGCGCGUUGUUCCGUCGACGCUCCAGCCGUUCUAUGACGCGCUCCUCGCCUCUCACGCCGCCACCGCAGAGUCGAUCCAGCCAGGCUCGUCCGCCGCGCUUGUCUCGGCGCAGAAGUCGCCUCUAUCAUCACCAGGAACCGGGGCGGCCAUCACGGCGCCGAGGCCCAGCCAGAGCGAGGCCUCGCCGUCGUUGCCUACCCCUGCCACUCCCGCGCCGGCCAGCGCAUCGAUUGCAUCGGCCGGAGGCGCGGAGCCAUAGGCCGGAGGCGGUGGUGUUCAAUUUGCUCCUCUUCAGUAGCGUGUAAAGCCGUGGCCAUGUUGAU